GACACCGCUCCUCAUACACAACAUUGCUUUCAUUAAAUCAGUCAAAUAUACGAUUGUAAAAUAACAGAAACUGUGCGAUCACUGAACAAACAGACAACAUUUGAACAAACCAGCACGUCUUGACGCUAUUAACCAUCGUGCCAUUAACAUACAUGCAUAUGAGCCAGUAAUCUCCUGUCUUUGGUGACUUAUUUUGCAGACAUUCACAUGUUCAGCGCACAAAAGAGACGUAUCUAAUGUUCUAGAGUCACCGCCGCCAAGGUGUCAGUGACGAUAUUGAUAGUGACGUCAUCUCACUGAUGGAUGAUGAAAGUCUUGCCAAUUACAUCCCCUGUUAUGGAGACCGAAUUGCUCUCUUCAAUUUUUGCAAGACAAAACAGCCCCCAUUAAAAAGAAAAAACGGACUUUUGGAAAAACUCCGUGAAAAAAUGAAACUCAGAAAUGAAAGUUCGAAAGGGGACACUGCCUCAAAAACGAAAAUACAACAGAUUAAGAGGCAGAAAACCACAAGAAAUGUUGCGAUUGGAUGGAUACACAAUGAUGGAAAAAUAGCAAAACAGGUGAGGGAGAAGCAGGGAGGAGGUACCAGAAAGGUUAAAAUGUCCACAGAAGCUGGGUUAAAGGACAUUCUUGAGGAGGGAAAAAAACUGUUUUUCCCUGGUGGAAUUUCUCCUAAAGGAUCUGAAUUGGACUUCGAGUUUGAGGUGUGGGAUUUCAAACAGAAUUGCCUCACUGAUGACACCUGCCAGUCCAUUGGCAAUAUGUACGAGGCAGCAAAACUGACGUUGUUGCGUUUUUACAUUGCAACAAGGCGAAAAGAUGAGCAAGAUGAUGCCAGCACAACAACAGGGGAAGUCUUGGCUUUGUCACACAAUGGCAGUGAAAACAACUCUGCAGAAAUUGAGGAGGUCACAGUUGAAUCAAGUGAAGUCUACGUAUCUUUGGACAUUUCUGUUGAUUCAGAAAUUACUUUUGGUCCCACAUAUGAUGCAGAGGAAGAUACAGAGGUCACAUUGAUUUACGAUGGUCCAGCUAUGCCUCUCAGUCCACCUGAUCCACCAGAUGCGAUGACAAUAACUGUUCACUACUCUGACACAUUGAAUGAUAUGAUUACAGCUUUCUCUGAUGACGCCAUCUUGAACAAAUCACUGAAUGUGAAACGCAUAUUACCAGAUAAUAGAGAAGAAGCAGGUGUUGGAUCUGGAGUGCUGAGGGAUGUUCUUAGCUGCUUCUGGCAAGAAUUCUAUGAACGAUGCACCCUUGGUACAAUAGUUAAAGUGCCAUUCAUCCGCCAUGAUUUUCCUGAGGAAAAGUGGAAAGCAGUUGGGAGAAUCCUUGUUAAAGGUUACCAAGAUUGUUGCUAUUUCCCAAACAAACUUGCAUUUCCCUUCCUCGAACAAGUGCUUUUCAACUGUGUUUACAGUGAUCCAAAAGCCCAUUUCCUGCAGUUUGUGAGCAGCCAGGAACGAGAUGUGUUGAUGGAAGCAAUGAAGGACUUUUCUGAAGUGGACCUAGAUGAUCUUGUUGAAGUACUUGACAGCUAUGGAUGUAGAAGGAGAAUCACAGCUGAAACCUUUCCCACAAUACUGCUGGAAAUAGCACACAAAGAGCUGGUCCAAAAGCCCAUGUUUGUUAUAGACUGCUGGAGGGAGGUUACUCUUCAGCAUAUCUCCAUCAGUCCUGAAGCACUGAACAAAUUGUGCUCUGACUUGCAACCAACUUCAAAAAAAGUCUGCCAACUGCUGAGAUUUGCGACUGAUUUAACCCCAAAGCAGAAAGAAGUGGCAAGUCAUCUGAAAAAGUUCAUCAGAGAGUUGGAUGAAGUCAAACUUCAGAAGUUUCUCCGGUUUUGCACUGGCUCUGAUCUUGUUGUUACAGACACCAUUCUGGUGGAAUUCCAGGAAAUGACAGAGUUCACGAGAAGACCCGUGGGGCACACCUGUGGGAAAGUUCUGCAUAUUGCUGAAAGCUAUGAAAAUUUCCCAGAUUUCCGAUCAGAAUUCAAUGCAGUUCUCGAAAGCAAUAUUUGGAUGAUGGACAUUGUUUAAUUGUUUUGCACCCUUAACUAGAGGAAUAUAACGAUCUAAAAAGUUCAUGGGCUUCAUUUAAAAGAAAGCCUAAGAUGUUAUACUUACUAUUGGGAAGUUGUUUCAGCAGCUGCAUUGUUUUAUAUGGAUAUAUACCAUGCUGCUACUAUGAAGAGU